AUGAGCCUGACCUCGCGAGUGCUCGGUCUGUUCUCCACAACAGCGACCUCGGACUCGACUGCAAAUAAUGCGCAUGACCUCGCUGGUUCGGCUGUGAAUCAGCCGACAUUCGGUUUCAAUGAUCACAUAAAAUCCGGCACUCCCCGCCAUGUGCGGGAUGAGGCUUCAAUGGAGGAUGAACCCCGUCCGCCGUAUCUUCAUGCAAUGUUGGCGGGUGGAACUGGAGGCUGUUGUGGCGACAUGUUAAUGCAUUCGUUGGAUACAGUCAAAACUCGACAACAAGGCGACCCGACUUUCCCGCCCAAAUACACAUCGAUGGGUUCAUCAUACGCGACGAUAUAUCGGCAAGAAGGUUUCUGUCGAGGUUUAUACAGUGGAGUGACACCGGCUUUCCUGGGGUCAUUCCCGGGCACUGUGAUCUUCUUCGGAGUGUACGAGUUCACCAAGCGGUUGAUGCUGGAUUCAGGAAUCAAUCCCAGCUUGGCCUACUUAUCCGGCGGCUUCUUCGCAGAUUUGGCUGCUUCGAUUGUCUACGUGCCGUCCGAGGUGCUUAAGACCCGACUUCAGCUGCAGGGACGCUAUAACAACCCGCACUUCCACUCGGGAUACAACUACCGCGGCACAACCGACGCAUUCCGAACCAUCGUGCGGCAAGAAGGAUACUCGGCCCUGUUCCACGGCUACAAGGCGACUAUCUUCCGCGACUUGCCGUUCUCGGCCCUGCAAUUCGCCUUCUACGAACAAGAACAGACGCUGGCUAAGGAAUGGGUCGGCAAGCGGGACAUCGGACUGGGAUUGGAAAUCUUGACGGCCGCGACCGCCGGCGGUAUGGCUGGUGUUAUCACAUGUCCGCUGGACGUUGUCAAGACGCGCAUUCAAACGCAAGUGAAUCAUACCGAGCACAACACCGGAUCAUCGGGCGCGAAACACACCGGCGAUCACAGACCCAAGGAGAGCCAUCGGCCUCAUGCUGGAUCGUCGCAUUCCCACGCGUCGCACCCACACUCGCGACCGAUUUCCACCUCCUCGCCCUCUACAUCUGUGUCACCACCAGGCGCACCGCGGUUAGAUACAUCGUCCGUGUUCACGGGCCUGAGGAUGAUCUACCGUACCGAAGGGUUCGCCGGGUGGUUCCGCGGCGUGGGUCCACGCGGUGUGUGGACCAGCAUCCAGAGCGGGACAAUGCUAGUCAUGUAUCAAUACCUUCUCAAGCAACUCGAGUCCUGGCAGGGGCUUCAGGGAGAGAUGUCAUCGUCGCUGUGA